AGGAGAAGAAGAGAGGGACUCAAACGCGACAAAUCCUUCACAACAUCUGGAUAUUUGAAGAUUCAUCAGAGAGUUCACACUGGAGAGGAACUGUACAGCUGUGACCAGUGUGGGAAAGCUUUCACUACAUCAGUUGCCUUAAAAAUCCACCAACAUGUUCACACUGGAGAGAAACCGUAUUGGUGUGAACAAUGUGGGAAGGUUUUCACUAGAUCAGUUCACCUAAAACACCACCAACGUGUUCACACUGGAGAGAAGCCGCACUGGUGUGAACAGUGUGGAAAAACUUUCAGCAGAUCUGAUAAGUUACUAAUCCACCAAUGUGUUCACACUGGAGAGAAACCGCACUGGUGUGAACAGUGUGGAAAAACGUUCGCUCAGUCAGGUCACCUAAAAAACCACCAACGAGUUCACACUGGAGAGAAGCCGUAUUGGUGUGAACAGUGUGGAAAAACUUUUGCUCGAGCAGGUGUCCUAAAAAACCACCAACGUGUUCACACUGGAGAGAAACCUCACUGGUGUGAACAAUGUGGGAAAGUUUUCACUAGAUCAGUUCACCUAAAACACCACCAACGUGUUCACACUGGACAGAAACCAUACUGGUGUGAACAGUGUGGAAAAACCUUUGCUGAAUCAGGUAACCUAAAAAGGCACCAACUUGUUCACACUGGAGAGAAACCUCACUGGUGUGAACAGUGUGGAAAAACGUUUGCUCGAGCAGGUGCCCUAAAAGUGCACCAACGUGUUCACACUGGAGAGAAACCGUACUGGUGUGAACAGUGUGGGAAAUCUUUCGCUCAUCCAGGUGCCCUAAAAGUGCACCAACGUGUUCACACU